AUGACAGACUCAUUUCUACUUCAUAUUUUUGUGUCCAUUUCAGCACCGUUACGUUCAAGUUCUACUAAUAUUUAUUCGAAUGCAAAAUGGAUACAAAAUGGCCUUACUGUGGCUGGAGGUAAUGGACAAGGCAAUGGAGUUAAUCAGCUCUCUAAUCCACGUGGUUUGUUUGUCGAUGAUAGUCAAAAUAUUUAUAUCGCUGAUCAAGAAAAUCACCGCAUUAUGGAAUGGAAAUAUGGUGCGACAAGUGGUCGAGUGGUUGCUGGCGGAAAUGGUUCGGGCAAGGGAGCUCAUCAGUUAAACAAUCCAUACGAUGUAAUUGUCGAUAAAAAGACAGAUAGUCUCAUUAUCUCUGAUUAUUCCAAUAAAAGAAUAAUUCGAUGGCCUCGUCGAAAUAGUACUAGUGGAGAAAAAAUCAUGUCAAAUAUAUGUUGUAUUGGUUUGACAAUAGAUGAGAAUGGAUCUCUCUACGCUGUUGACUAUGGAAAACAUGAAGUAAGACGAUAUGGAAUUGGUGAUAGUAAAGGAACAAUAGUUGCAGGUGGCAAUGGACAAGGAAAUCGUCUUGAUCAACUUUCUGACCCUUGGUACGUAUUUGUUGAUAGAGAUCAUUCUGUAUACGUGUCUGAUCAUGGAAAUCAUCGUAUAAUGAAAUGGGAAGAAGACGCAGAACAAGGCAUUGUCGUAGCUGGUGGUCAAGGCCAAGGGAAUGGUCUUACACAAUUGUCAUUUCCUUACGGAAUCGUUGUCGAUCAAUUGGGCACUGUCUAUGUGGUUGACCAAGGAAAUAAUCGUAUUAUGCGUUGGCCAAAAGGAGCCACACAAGGAGAUGUUAUUCUUGGUGGAAAUGAUAAAGGAGAACAGUCCAAUCAAUUCAAUUGUCCCUGGGGUUUAUCAUUCGAUCGACAUGGCAAUCUUUAUGUAGUCGAUAAGUGUAAUUAUAGAGUACAAAAAUUUAAUAUCGAUUCAAAUGCAUAG